AUGAUCAUGGAUUGGAUAAAGUUAAAGAAGAAUCAGAUGCAAAAUAUUGGGUUAUUAUUAUUUGAAAACACCAUUGAAAACCAGAGAAAGAGGAGCAAUUGGAAAAAAGAAGCAAUUCAUAUGAAGAUGGCUUGGUAUAACUUGAGAAUUUGGUAUACAUGCGGUCUUCCACCUUCAUCGUUUGGAGCACAUGGUCCUGCAAACAGCAAUGUCAAUGCUGUUGCCUCUUCUUCAGUCCAUGCAACUAUUAUUUGUACAUCAUCAGUACACAGUCCACCAACUCAAGGUUAG